AUGUAUCUGUUGGACGAGUGGAGAAAUCACUCACACGGCAAUAACCGCAGCCGACGUUUAGAGCCAUUGGCCCAAUUAGGCGAGCCGGGCCGCUAUUUAGGUGCGCCCUCUUCUCGCCCGCGGCCACCACACGCUGCGCCCCCAGGCCCGGCAGCCGUCAUCCCAGCUGAGCGAACUCAACCCCGCGCAGGUGAGCCAGCCAGCUCUGCGGCCGCCGGGGUGACGACUGCCGCAAUCCGAGACGCCGCCGCCCCCAGCCACGUGUCGCCCACGUUCCCCUCCGCCAUAGCCCGGGGCGAGGGCCCCGGAGGUGGUGGGCGGGGGAGAGGGGCCAACAAAUCAGUGCGCGCGGGACGCGGGUUGCCCAAGAGCCCUCCGCGGGGGCCCGCGCGCCCGCGGAAGUUUGCGCGCUGCCCGCCGCUAAUUGAGGAAACAGCAGAUUACUCCAUCAGGACACGCGUGUCGCGGCCGGGCCUGUCCGCCCUGCCCUGCCCCUGCCCCGAGGGCCUGCGUGCACGAGUGAGUGGCGGAGAGUGCCUUCCGGCGUGGCCCUUACCUAGCCCUCGUCUCCCACUGCCGCCUCCUCCAGCUCGUUUAUUUACUGAGGAACUUUUACCGGCGGUCCCGCGCUUGGCUCUAUUCUUGUGCCCACCUGACUGA